AUGGUAAAUAACGACGAUUCGGUAUUAUCCAUCGUUACCAAGCAUUAUUUACCUCCUCCAAUCGCGAAUUCUACCAAUCAUUCUCCCAACACUUCUUCAAACAAUGGUUUGAUCACUCCUAAUAGCGUUUAUGGUACAACUUCAAAUGGUAACAAUCAAUAUAAUCCAAUAAAAACUGAACAAUCAUCAUCAAAUCCAUCCGCUGAUAACUUUAAUAAUCACAACAACGCAAGCAACAACAAUAAUACUAACGGAAAUAAUAAUAAUCGUAAAUCAUCUACAUCUGCAACAACUACUCCGAUCACAUCACCCUCAAAAAAUCCCCAAGAUCUUGUAGUUGAAACUCAUAUUCAAGGAAAACCACCGUAUUCUUAUGCCACUUUAAUCACUUAUGCCAUCACAAAUAGUCCAAAUAAACAACUCACAUUAAAUGAAAUCUAUAAUUGGGUAAUGGAAAAUUAUCCUUAUUAUAAAACUGCUGGAAGUGGUUGGAAGAAUUCCAUAAGACAUAAUUUAUCUUUGAACAAAACAUUUGUACGUGUUCCUCGUCCUAUCAAUGAACCUGGCAAAGGAUCUUAUUGGAAGGUUGAUUUCAGAGCUGCAGAAGCAGAAUCACAUAGAUCAAGAAGCCGGAACAAUCGAUCUUCAAGUGAUCCAACUCCUUAUAGGCCAGAACCAUGGAAUUCAUACGAUAAUCACAGAUACCGUGAAACAAUGACUGCAGUCCCCGAAAUGAGCAGAUCUUAUCUUGAUAAUGUUGUUAACCCAUAUGGAAAUAUGCAAAAUAUGCAAUCACAUUACAACAGACAAAUCCGUUCACCUCGUACAUAUGCUGUAGGUCAGCCAUAUCUUCACCAAGGUUUAAAUGGUAACGCUGCUGUCGCAGCUGGCAUUCCAGGUCAACCAACAAUGUCAUACGCUGGCGCUGGCAUGGGUAACUUAAAUUACGAUAUAUCAGAAUACGCAAAUAUUCAUGGUCAUCCUAAUACUGCAACAUCAUCUCACGUAGACGGGCAAAAUUCUGGUGCUUUCACUAGUUAUGGUGCACAUUCAAUAUAUCCAUCACCAAUGUCAGCACAUGCAACUGAUUCUUCAAAUCAAGCAGUAGCCCACACUUCAUUUGUUUGA